AUGGGUAUGGGGAUAAACGCGCAGCUGAAACUUAUUCUCCUACGUGAUGGGGUCGAAGCUCCCUCUUGCGAAAAUUUGCUUGACGAAUACAUUGACAGCGACUCUGGGACGGAUGAGUGUCCCUCCUUCGAACUGCAACGUGACAUAGAAAUGACAAGGAAAUACAACGUCACAUUUCCUUUUAAUGGUGUCACAACUGCGUUUCAUCGUGCCAUUAUCGUCGACUGGUUAACAACGUUACAAGCACACAUGAAAAUGGACACAAAGGGUUUGCAUAUGGCUGUGUGGCUCAUAGAUCACUACCCGUGGCGUGCUAAAGCGAAAAUAGGAAACUAUGUCCUGAUGGCACUAGCAGCUCUCAUGGUAGGCGAUAGAAUGACUUCAACAAGAAGUGAAGAUGAAUGCAUCAACAUGCGUCGUGAUUUGGUUGCUCACUCGAACAAUCAGUACAGUGAGGAACAGAUCGCGAACAAUGAAACCCUCUUGGUGAAUUUGUUCUGGUGUGACUUACCGUUCCCCACACCACAUACAUUCCUCAAGCGUUGCAUUCGGGCUUCAAAUGAUAUUGCUGACGUUUUUGACCUACAACGAGCUGUAGCCCUCUGCCUUUACUGUUUCGACUUGGGUCUACUGAAUUGUAAACUUGCGAAGUUUUCAUCAAGCAUGAAGUGUUCUGCAGUGAUGCUUCUCCUCCGAAGGCUUAUAAAAGGCUCCUGCGUUUGCUCAAGGGCGGAAAUAAAUGAUCCCUCAAGCUCCUGUAAUGUCCACAAAUUGUGGGAAUGGACACAAGAGCUGGGAAAGGCAAUGGAUCAGGAGUGUGAUGAAGAACUUUAUUAUGUUUCGGACAUUUACAUGAAACUCUUGAGGGAAGCUAAAUGCUUCAAUAAUAAUUGUGAAUUUAAAUUUACCAAAGGAUGUGCUCCGGCAUUUGAGGCAGCCUUCAAAAAGCACAACAAACAGGUCUACUUGAACAUUCCAAUAAGUGGAAUUUUGGUGAACACCAACUUCAUUGAUCUGUGA